AUGUAUGAAAUCUGUGCAAAAUUUUUUACCAAAAAUCAAGUUGAUACAUUAGUUAAUGGUAAACGUGCAAAUAAGUGGUAUAAUAAAGACAUUGCUUCAUGUAUUGGACUUAGGAGUAUUUCACCUAAGUGUUAUAAAUACAUGUAUUAUAAUAUAUGUAUUUCAGCAUUGUCAACUUUAAGAACUUGGGCAGCCAAAAUUGUAUUAGAACCAGGAAUUAUAACCAGUGUUGUGAAUUUAAUGAAACGUAAAGGUGAAACUAUGACAGAAAAUGAAAAAUUAACUGUUUUGUCAUUUGAUGAAACUUAUUUAAGUAAAACCAUGUCAUAUAAAAAAAAGAGAGAACAAAUUUGGGGUCCUCAUAAAUGUGUCCAAGUGGUGAUGGCAAGAGGAAUUAUAAGCCCGUGGAAACAGCCAAUUUAUUAUAAUUUUGAUGAACCCAUGACGAAGGACUGA